AGUGACUGGCCUACCUUCUUCGCAAACGGUGUGCAACCAAGUGACUCAAUUGUGCGAUAGUGUGGUCACGCGAGUGUCUUGUGUACAAUAACUGGAUAAUUCAUAGGUUAACUUUGACCUCAUCACUGAUGCACCAAUAAUUAUGGAACCCGAGGAGAAUAAAAUGACAACUAUAGACACGGGCAGUUCUUCUCCUGCGAAUCGGGAACCAGCCAUCACAGUGCGAAAUGCCUACAAGAGAUAUGGACCACAGAAUGUUAUCUUGAAAGGCUUGAAUAUGACAGUUCCUGAGGGCUCAAUAUAUGGUUUAUUGGGCCCUAGCGGUUGUGGAAAAACAACAUUACUCAGUUGUAUAGUCGGCAGAAAUGAAUUGGAUUCCGGAGAAAUCACUGUCAAGUCAUGCACGAGGAGAGAAAUAGGAUAUAUGCCUCAGGAACUAGCCAUUUACCAAGAAUUUAGUAUAUACGAGACUCUGGCCUACUACGGUUUUCUAUUCGGAAUGACGAAAAAGCAAAUCCUCAAAAGGACAGAAGAGCUUCUAGAGUUUUUAGAGUUACCACCCAGGGAUAGAACAGUUGAUACACUGAGUGGUGGACAGCAAAGGAGGCUUUCCUUCUCAAUUGCUCUUCUGCACGAUCCAAAACUUCUCAUUCUAGAUGAGCCUACAGUAGGAGUCGAUCCCGUUCUAAGUCAUAGUAUUUGGCAACAUCUAGUCAUGAUGACAACACAACAACAUAAAACUGUGAUAAUCACCACACAUUAUAUUGAAGAGGCUCGACAAGCACAUACUAUUGGCUUGAUGCGAGGAGGAAUCCUAUUGGCUGAAGAGCCGCCACUGCAGCUCAUCAUGAGGAACAACAGCAGCAAUCUCGAGCAGGCGUUCUUAGAAUUAAGUAAAAAGCAAUCAGCAACUGGAUACGACGAUGACAAUUCCGAGUUCAAAGACUAUCCACCAAAGACUGAACAGAAACCUACCCUGAAGUCGGACAGUCAGUUGACUGCGAGGAGAGUGAGGGCCCAGCUAGCUAAAACUAUGUAUUGGAUGCAGAGGAAUCUAGCAAUCAUGGCAUUCUUGAUAGUCCUGCCAAUUGUGCAGUGCGUUCUGUUCAACCUGACAAUAGGCCGAGACCCGCUGAAUCUGCACCUGGCCGUCGUCGACGAAGAACUGGAAAACGGAUUGGCUGAAUGCGACACUCUGCCUGUACAUGGCUGUUACAUACACUUACCGCUCAGCUGCAGAUACUUGGAUCGAUUGAAAGAGAAAACAAUCAAAAUGAUUGAGUUUGAAGACAUAGAAUCAGCGAGACACGCAGUUGAGAAGAACGAUGCAUGGGGUCUGCUGUACUUCAGCAACAACUACUCAGAGAGCCUCAUGGAGAGACUCAACUACUCUCACCGUGCCACUGACGAGGCACUCGAUUGGAGUGAAAUCAACAUUUGGAUGGACAUGUCAAAUCAAUACAUUGGAAAUCUGUUGAAGCGAGAUUUGAUAUUCACGUUUAUUGAUUUCUUGAAAUCGAUUUAUAGUGACUGUGGUUGGCCUGCCAGAGCUGCUGGUGUUCCAAUAGAUCUUAGAGAAGCGGUCUAUGGUCAGAACAAUCCAAGUUUUGUGCACUUCACUGCUCCUGCUAUCAUUGGAUUGUUCGUUUUCUAUCUUCCUAUGAUGUUCACUGUUGGUGCCAUUUUGAUGGAGAAGAGAUCUGGUAUUUUGGAAAGGACUAGGGUAGCAGGUAUGACAAUGAUUGAAUUGAUGACAUCGCAUAUUUUCGUUCAAUUCCUUCUUUUGGCUCUGCAAACGGCGAUCAUGAUGGUGAUUCUAUUCGUGAUCUUCGACAAUCCACUGGUUGGCAGCAUCAGUCUUGCACUGGGGCUUUUGGCUCUCAUUGGUGUCAAUGGAAUGUGCUAUGGUUUCAUGUGUGCAGUUAUUUGCGAUUCAGAAAUUGCUGCCACUCUCAUGGGACUUGGAAGCUUCUUUCCCUUGGUUCUACUGAGUGGUAUGGUGUGGCCGAUGGAGGGGAUGCACUACGUUCUGAGAUGGAUGGGAUGGCUGCUACCUCUCACUCUAUCAACCGAAUCUUUCCGAGCGAUUUCCGCCAGAAACUGGCCUUUCUCUCACCCGUCAGUGUGGCGAGGCUUUGUGUCACAAGUAUUCUGGAUUAUCUAUUUCCUUUCGGUUACGUUUGUAAUAGUCAAACUGAAGAAGGGACUGAGAGGUGCUGCCUGAUUGUGUAUUGCUACUACGAUUGGGGUCUUUCACUUUGCCAUAAUAUUAUCAACAGAUUCCAACGAGCUGGACUAGUAUGAAAUUUCACUACAGAUUUGAGAUAUGGAGAUAGAUUGAGUCUGAAUUCAGCUAUUCUUGAGAAAAGUGGAGGCUACCCUGCAAAUUCAACUGUGAAGGACAAUUUUCAUCUGAGUUGAGUUGAAGAAUGUGUUGUGAACUCUUGAACUCUUGUACUACAUACUAAUUUAUGUUUAUUUUUUCCUAUUACAUAAGAUAGACAAAAUAAUAAUUGCAAUAGGUUAAUCAAUAAACUUCAAUAAUCAAUUGAUUAUGAAACACAUUACAAUCCAGAAUUGAAUAUCAUCUCAGAGUGUCAAUAAAUGAAUAUAUCUACCUCCAAUCAUACCCUGAUUGUAUAAUAAUUAUUCAUAAUAGUACUCCUCUAUUCUCAAAAAUAGUGUUAUAACUCCAUUAAAUUGGCCAACGUCGAUUUUUUAAUAAUUUUGAAUUAUCAUCGAAUCUUUUCCUCACUCCCAUUAACCGAUUAUUUAUGGUUCUUUGCUAUUUAUGCAAUCAAUGUGUAGAAAAUCAUAUUCCUUACAAUAAUGCUAUAUUAGGUCAAUAUUAGAUUCUAUUAACUGAUUUGUUAUGUUCAAUUACAUGAAAUAUGUAAUAAUUUAACAUGCAUCAGUCAUACAUAUUUGGAAACUGAGGAUAUAAUCCUUUUCUGUUAUUUACUUAUUUGUUACUUGAGUUAUUAUAAUUAGGUAUAUGUAUCAAUCCUCAGGUUGGAGUAAUAAAUUCAGUUUUUUCCUGAAGAAGAGUUUUAUAGAUUAGUGCAUGUCCUAUUCAGAGAAAUUACAAAUUUAUGUAACAUGUUGAUUACUGUUAAUGGAUUUGCUUAUGAAAGUUAUAUGAACUCUAUGAACCUACAAAAUUCAGUGAUGUUUGAUUACUUGAUUCAGACAUUAAAGAAAAUUAAUAUUAGUAAAUUAUUAGAACAGUAAAAAAAUACUUGAAAUUACAAAAAUCAAUACAGUUCAAUAACAUUACUCCAUCCAGACAAAGUAAAAAUUUACAAUGGUAGUGGAAUAUCUGAAUAUUCACUGAUGUGAUUCUUAUUAACACCUAUUUACAGUCAACUUGUUAACAGUGAACUUGUUGCUGACUUGGCUAUAGAAUGUCAAUUUCUAUAUCAAAAUAAAAUCUCAAUUCAGUAGUCUAUGUUAUUGCUGAAUAAUCUGUAAGGAAUAAAAUAUUAAUAAUAUGUAAAUAAAUAAAGAAUCCUAGUUCUUAUGAUUAUUAUUCGGUUUAACCGAUGCUCAAGUUAACGUGUGCAAUGUGGUGUUGUAACUCUCAAGCUGGGUUUACACAGCUUAAUCCUUAUACAUUCUAUUAGAUUGAACGGAACUUGACAAACACAUUUGUUUAUCAUGUGUAUGAUAAGAUAAUAUGUUCAAUCUAAUAGAAUCUAUAAGGAUUAAGUUAUUAACAUUUUUUGUUAUUAACUCUGGUGUAAACGCAGCUUUAUGUUGCUAUAGUGAAGAGUGUAAUUUAUUCAUAAAUCUAUUUAUAAUGAUUAUAUUUGGAAAAAUACUAUACCGAUAAGUCUUCCUUGCAUUGUUCAAGUGUAGUUCCGUUUAAAAUGGGUAUUGGACAAUAAAAAGGUAGUUAUGUUUAUA